GGGCCUCCGCACUGCCCGAUAUGAUUCCUCGCUUUCUUCGCUUACUCUUUAAUUUAUUUUUGCGCAAAUGAAUACAUCGAAUACCCCGGCUUCCCCACACGAGUGAAGUUGUACCAGCACGUUAGAACUAAUGUCGAACGCCCAGCUCGCCUGCACCUACGCCGCGCUCAUCCUGAGCGAGAACGGCAGCUGCAACGCCGAUGCGAUCUGCAACGUGACGAAGGCCGCCGGUGUGCCGGUGAGCCACGGUAUGGCCACCGCCUUCGCCAACGCCUUCGCCGGGAUCAACGUGGAGCAGGUGCUGAACAGCAUCAGCUUCGGUGGUGCCGCCUCUGGCGCUGCCGCGCCCGCCGCCGCUGCUGCGGGUGGUGCUGCCGCCCCUGCCGCUGCCGCGAAGAAGGAGGAGAAGGUGGAGGAGGAGGCCGACGACGACAUGGGCUUCGGUCUGUUCGACUAA